UUGUAUGGCUUAUGUCAAUAGCGAUGAGUUUGCCGCUUAGUCUUAUGUACUCCAAAGAUCAGGAUUCGUUAAUAAUAGACGGAACCUGUCAAAUUCCCGACCCGCUGUACAAGUUCAUCGGGUCCAUCGUUUGCUUUUACAUACCGCUGCUGGUUAUGCUGGUGACAUACGCGCUGACCGUCAACCUUUUGGCCAAUCAGAAGCAGAACCUCGGCAAGCCGGACUGGUCCAGCAACUGGAUGGGUGGACCCACGUCCACACCCUUGGAGCGCCGCUGCACGUGGAGGAAACUCCUGAACGCUACCAGCAGGGGCAAACUCAAUACGCCGCAACAUGCUCAUUCAGCAGCUUCCACGGAUACAGAGUUAACUACCAUCGACACACACGAGCUUUGGAUUCAAGAGUCCGAACCCACUCCUUGUACUAUGUCUGCAUUGGGACAAUUCGGAGCAGAGAUGCUUAAGCUUUCCAGAGGACUGGAAGCGGCUUCAAAUAUGUCCACAAGCAACGCUUCGCCAAAAAGUACUGGUGGAAAUACCAUUAAAAUUGGGUCGGAAGACAGCUUGACAGAUUCUCAUUCAUCCUUGCUGACCUCCGAACCGUCGCCAUGGCAGCUGAAGCGCCGUAGAGCGUCGACGUUUCACGAGGGCGAAUCGAGGGACGAAAGUCCGUCGCCAAGGUGGCGAAAAAGGACGAGCAGCUUUCAAGAAGUACGCUCGGAAGUUUCCUCCGAAGACGGAAGAUCCGAAGCGACCGAAAGCAGAACUUUAGCGUUGCCACCGCCGUGCACGUGCCCUUAUUUCGGAGAGAAAGGUGAUAAGUCACCGACUCCGAAACCGGCCGAAGUAAGAAUAGUGACUAGCGAAAGGUUAACUGGGAAAACUAGUUUGGAUGUGGAAAAAACGGUUUCUCCUUUGGUGUCUCCAAGCAAAAAGGCUUUACUGAGUAGGAAUAGAACUGAUGGGGGAACUAAUAAUAUUAUGGUGACUUGGGAGUCAAGAAAAAGUCACAGAAGAGGCUCCAGUUUUGGCAACACCAAGACAACGAUGUUUAGCAACAUGUCACCAGGGACUCAGCGCACUCCAUUGCUGAAGCGUUCUGCAACCUUACGGCAAAACGGCCACGGUGGUGCUACCCUUGUCGACAGAAGUAAGAACCCGUCUUCACCCUGUCUUCUGCAGAGAUACAACUACAACACAAACAGCUCAAAUAUCACGAGAAGCGUGAGGUCGCACCACAGCCGGAAUUCCAGCGUGAUCUCGAGAAACUCAUCUCGGCACGGGCGCAUUAUUAGACUAGAACAAAAAGCGACGAAAGUGCUUGGUGUGGUGUUUUUCACUUUCGUGUUUCUUUGGGCUCCGUUUUUCAUUCUAAACUUGGUGCCGCAGUUUUGUUCCGAGUGCGAGAAGAACCUGAGCAAUUGGGUUAUGCAGUUGGUGACGUGGUUGGGUUACGCGAGUUCAAUGGUGAAUCCCAUAUUCUACACGAUAUUCAAUAAGGUGUUUCGACAAGCGUUCAAGAAAGUGUUGUUAUGCAGAUACAGAAAGACGACGUGGAGACCGCACAGGUGACAAGUGAAAGUACCAAAAACGAAAAAUAAUCAUUCGAUUGGUGUCAAAUUAUGAAUAGAGAAAAUUUGAUAAAUUAUAAUAUCAGUGUAUAAUAAUUCCUACCGUGUUAUUAUUUAUUGGACGCACAACCAUUCUUUUACCGUCCCAAAUUAAACACUUUUACUUUCAUUAUACGAACCUGACCAGUAAAUGCAUGAUAAAAAAUCAAAUAGAAAUCUAUACUUGAAUCUGUUUGCUGGCUAAACACUCGUGUAAAAAUUGUAUUAAACGUGCCUAUUAACGUUCUAUCAACAAACCUUACGCGAAGGACAAAAAAAUGUUUAUUUAACACUUGUUUCCCAUUACACGUUACAAAAAACUUCAAAGAAUAUUCGUUACCCUAUGUUUAUCCUAUUAUUCCUAAAGUAUGUAAAUAGUAAAUGUAUGUAUAUAGGUAAUUUAAGAUAUGUAAAAAUAAAAAUCUUUGAUUUUAAUGACUGGCUUCCAUUAAGAGAUACUUGGAACAGUUGUUGUAUAAACACAAAGACAAUUACAAGUCUGAAUGAUGUAAAUACAGUAGUAAUAACUUUGUUAUAUUCUAGUGUUUGUUAACAUUAGAUUCAUAACUACUGUAUUCUAAAAAUAAUGGGGAGAGAUAAACAGACUAAGAAAAAAAAUGAAAAAUUCUUUCUUUAUGGAACCCAGUAUUUUAUAUUUUGCUACGAUUGCAUGACAAAGAGUAGCAUGUAAGGGGAAAGUGGAUGAUGAUACUACGCACUGAUUUCUUGUGAUAAUAAAAAACAAACUUUAGUUACUAAGAACAAACCGGCACAUCAACCGAGUUUAUUGGGGAAAAAAUGCUUUUACUAAUAUAAAAUUACCGUAUAAAAGAUAACAUUUAUAUGUUGUGUACAAAGUAGUCUAAUCUAUGUUAAUAAGAUACCGUGUAAGAUUAGAUAAUUAAAAUAAAUAUUCCUUAAUGUUUGUAUAAUUUAUAACCUCUUAAAAAUAUCGAACACUAAAUAUUGUUUUAUUCACUUCUACACUUCUACAGAUUUGCGUGUUGCUUGUAAUAAAAGAAUCACGUAACCUUAAU